AGAAGGAAGCGAUAAUAGAGCAACGUGGCGGUAGGAUUUGUGAAGAUUACAGUCAAUAAAGUGCUCUGCACAAGACUGCCUUCCUAAUCCCUGUGUGAAAGGGAUGGGCAGUGCACCGGCUGGAUCCGACUUUCUGCAAAAAGCUGGGAUGGCAGAGCCUCCCAUGUCAUGUGAUUGUUUUGUGUCUUUGCCCCCUGGAUCUCGUGAUGACCAUGUGAUUUUUGGGAAGAAUUCAGAUCGUCCGCGGGAUGAGGUGCAGGAGGUGGCCCAUUUCCCUGCAGCAUCUCACCCUCCAGGCUCCAUGCUGGAGUGCACAUAUAUCCAGAUUCCUCAGGUGGAGCAGACACACGCUGUCAUCCUCAGUAAGCCUGCAUGGAUGUGGGGGGCUGAAAUGGGAGCCAACGAUCAGGGAGUCUGUGUUGGGAAUGAGGCUGUCUGGACCCGAGAGCCUGUUGACCCCGGAGAGGCUCUGCUGGGCAUGGACCUGGUCCGACUGGGGCUGGAGCGAUCUGACAGUGCUUGGGUGGCGCUGACUGUGAUCACCGGCCUCCUGGAGCAGUACGGUCAGGGGGGGCCGUGCAGGGAGGAUCCCGAGCCCUUUAGCUACCACAACACCUUCCUCCUUGUGGACCGCAAGGAGGCCUGGGUCCUUGAAACUGCUGGAAAACUGUGGGUGGCACAGAGGGUCACAGAGGGCGUGAAGAACAUCUCCAACCAGCUGACCAUCGGUGCGGAGGUCUCUGCAGAGCACCCGGAGCUGCGGAGCGUGGCCAAGGCAGAGGGCUGGUGGGACGGAGAGGGAGAGUUCAACUUCUCUCAGGUGUUCAGCCCAGAGAACCCACCUGCCAGAAUGGAGCUGGCCAAACAGCGCUACAAAGGAGGAACAGAGCUACUCCGGCAACAUGACGGCUCAGUGACAGCAGAGGUGAUGAUUUCUAUUCUGAGAGACAAGCCCAGUGGCAUCUGCAUGGAUUCUGGAGGUUUCUGCACCACAGGCAGCAUGGUGUCCAUUCUGCCCAGAGACACCACCCUGCCAUGUGUCUACUUCUUUACUGCCACCCCAGACCCCUCCAGGUCUGUAUUCAAGCCUUUUGUCUUCUCGGACUCUGCCACCCCAGUGAUGAGGGUGGUCUCCCCGCAGUUUGGGCAAGAUGAUCCUGCCAGGCAGCAGCCUCGCUUUCAGAGCCGGGUGGACCGCAGACAUGACCUGUACAAAGCCCACCAGAUGGCGCUCAACACCAACCCGGAUGAGGGUUUAGCCAUCUAUGAGAUUCUGAUGGACCUGGAGUCACAAUGUCUGAGCGAGAUUUCAGCCAUGCUGAAUGGCGAGAUACCAGGAGAGGACCUGGGGGACUUAUUUUUUGAUUGUGUGGACGCAGAGAUUAAGUUCUACCAGUGAGCAGGACAUGCAAGAAAGAGGCCCCAGGUUGGAAUCUAACCAAGGUCACAUUGAGGACCAAAGCCUCUGUACAUGGGCACUGGACUUAACUACUAGGCUAAACUUGUACCAGAUUUGUUUGUAUGUCAUAAAGGACAGACGGCGUGUGGAAAUAACAUGCCUUAAAUCUGAGUGUGAGACCAGCCAGAGCAGUCACAAAGAGUUUAACUGAUCUAAUAUGGAAAGACCUCACCAUCAUCUUUGAACAGUCAGGUGUUGUUUUUGGCAUUAGAUAGGAAGUCUUAAAACAAACAAUAGAUAGAGUCACAUAGGCAGUAACAUAGAGAGAUCAAAGCCUCUAUCAGAACUUGAAUGUUAUUGUUCAAACAACAAGUUUAUAUUUUCUGUUAUGUUUGUUUCAUCCAUUCAUUGUGAUUUGAUUUAUACACUCCCCCUGUGUGGAAGUAAAUGUUGCUGUGUUCCCAGCAAAGCUAAAUAUGAUCAUAAUGUAACUGCCCUCUG